AUGGCUGCACUAAGUUGUCUGUUGGACAGUGUAAGAAGAGACAUAAGGAAGGUGGACAGAGAACUAAGGCAAUUGAAAUGCCUCGACGAAUGUACACGUUGCCUCUGCGACUUAUACGUGCAUCCUUAUUGCUGUUGUGACUUACAUCCAUACCCGUAUUGCCUGUGCUAUACAAAGUGCUCACGCGUUUGUGGGUUAUGUGAUCUAUAUCCAUAUUGCCUGUGUGAUAUCAAGCUAUUCUGUCUUCAACCAUCAAUCAGAAGUUUGGAGAGGAAAGCCAUUAAAGCCAUUCUGGAUGAAAAGAAAGAACUGAUCAAGCUAAGAAGAACAACAAACAAGAUUCUGGCAGCAUCCUGUUGCAGCAGUAACUUACUAGGGUCAGUGAAUGUGUGCGGCUUUGAGCCCGACCAAGUCAAAGUGAAAGUGAAAGAUGGAAAGGUGUUUGUGUCAGCCGAACGUGAGAAUAGAUACGAUUGCCUAGGAUCGAAAAAAUACAGCUACAUGAACAUCUGCAAAGAGUUUACCUUGCCCUCGUGUGUGGAUGAGAAAGACGUAAUUUAUUCUUACGGACUGGGCAGUUGUGUGAGCAUUGAAGCCCCUUGCAACCCAUGCCUUCCAUGUGGUCCAUGUGGUCCGUGUGACCCUUGUAAUCCAUGCAACCCAUGCAACCCUUGCAACCCGUGCAAUCCGUGCAACCCAUGCAAGCCGUGUGAUCCAUGCAGUCCGUGUGACCCAUGCAAUCCAUGCGACCCGUGCAAUCCGUGUGACCCAUGCGAUCCCUGCGAUCCCUGCGAUCCUUGUGAUCCGUGCGACCCGUGCAAUCCAUGCAAUCCAUGCGAUCCGUGCGAUCCGUGCUAUCCUUGCGGAAGCCGACUUUCCUACCGGAAGAUGAUGAAGUAG